CGUCACCACCGCUCCGCUCUCUCAUCGCACCAACGCCGUACGCGAAGCAUUGUUUCCGACUCCGAAUAAUUAUUAUGUAUAAUUGUUUUUCUUAACUAAUGUUGUUUUAAUUGUUGCGUGGUCGCCUUUUCUCCGUCAAAAGCCAGCAGACGCUGGCGAUCACUGGUAUUAUGUCUAUGUUGUAAAUAAACGUUUCUUUAUUACCUUAUCAUAAACCUCGUGUCUCGGUGUAACCCGCCAAAUUAUCAACCGUGUCUACCAUUUCUAGGGUUUUUAUCAUUUAUUAUAUUAGGUAUUUUUUUAUAGGUUUAUGGUUUCUACCGUGUAGUUAACAUAACCGUGGUAUACGACUAUCAAAACAAUAAUGGGCGGUCUAUAAAUGUCAUGAUAAUAAUAGUUGAUUAAAACAAACAAAAUUGUAUUGUGAAUUGUGAUUAUCCGAUCCUGGAAAUAAAUGUCUUGUUGGUUAAUUUACAAUUUACUACUGCGGUAAAUCAAUUAUUUAACUCUGUUAUCAAAUUAUAUAAUGUAUAUACUGAGCUUACUGACCUACGGGUAAGUUGGCAUAAACAAGGUUGAUGUUAUCUUAUAUUCAUUACUAUAUACUUGGCGUAAUAUUUGUUUAACCCUACAAUUUAUUGACCUAAUACAGGGGCCGGCAACAUUUUUACUUGCGUGGACCAUAUUUUUCAUCAGCCUUUUAUUUAAGGUCGCUUACAAAAUUAAAAUAAACGUUUUAAAAAUACAAUUUUAACAUCUAAUUCUAGUAUAUGUAUGGAUAUCAACAAUUAUAUUAUGAGUUCCUUUGCUUGGCCGUCCUUACUAUCCGAUUUUGAUUAAAUAACAUUAGUAGAGAAAAAAAAUAUUAUUACCUUUAUUAUAAUUGCGUUGAAUAAACAAAAUUAAUUCUUGAGUGAAAAAAGAAUAUAAAUAUUUAGUUUCUGGUGGGAUUUUUUAUAUUGAAUAUUUCCCUGCUAAUUCGUUUAUAUUCGCUUUCAUAUAGGUUAUUGAUAUUCUUAAAACUACAUUCAGGUGCUUGUCGCUUAAUAGAAAAAACAAUAUUUAACUAGCGAAAAUAUCUGCUCAUAGAUAUAAGUGCUACCAAAAGUAAUAAUAAUUUUUUUAGCAAAACUUUUAAUACCUUUAAAAUCCAUUUUGAAGAUUUAAAUAAAAUAUUUUAAAUUUAUUAUUGUCUUUAAAAGUAGUUUUAAGAACAUUGUUGUUUUGCAAUUCAAUGACUUCCAUCUGUAAAUUAGAUUCAACAUCGUCAAUACUCAAUGUUAACAGAAAAAGGGUUAUUGAUGAUUUGAUUUUUUUUUCUUGUAUUUAGAAAGUAAUAAAAUUGUUUCAAAAAUUCUUUUUAAAGUUUUCCAUUAUAUUUAAAAAAAAUUUUUUUCUCUGGGCAUAUUUCAUCUACAAAGGUUAAUCCUUGGCUAUCCUUUCAGCAACUAUAAAACUAGAAUGUACUCCUAAUUUGUUUUGAUUAUGUAAUUUAAAAUUAUUUUGUUGAUUAUUUAAUUAACUUUUUUAAUUAUUUAUUUCAGUUUGGCUAAGACCAUCAGUAAGACUGUUAUUUUUUAAUUUUUGCUAUAUUUUUUAGUGACUUUUAACAUUAUAUUCUUUUACAUAUGUAUUUUUUUUUUUUUGGUAAAUUAAACAUUAUAGUUUUCUUAUAUUUUCAAUAAAAAAACAAAUCCGUUCAUGAUUCAUUGAAUCUAUGACGUUCAUCACAAAUUUAACGGUUUUGCUUUUUACACUGUAUUGAUAAUUAUAAAACACUUCGAGUGGUUUAAAUUUUAACUUUAAGAUUGUUAUACAAUGUCUGCGUGUUGGUAUGUUUCAAAACAAACUAUACUUAAACCAUACCUGAUACCUAUUUGUCGUAAUCUAAUUGUAUCUAAUGUAUAUUCUAUUUAUACUAUGGUCAUAUAGAUUAUACUCGUAUUUUGUUUAGAAACUUGAGAAUAAUAUGAGAUAAGCUGAUAGCUUAUAUUAGUAAAGGUAUAAUAGUCACAAUUCAAAAGCAUAAAAUUAAUACCUUUAAUUAUUACAAUUUAAGAUAUAGAAUUAAAAUUUUAAAUACUAUGAUAUAUAUUUAGAGGGCCACAGAAAAAAGUUAUGUGGGCCACAGGUUACCAGUGCCUGAUCAUCAUAAAUAUGUAUAUAAUGAUAAUAAAAAUAAUGCGUACAAAUAACUUUUUCUAUAUUUUAGGACAAUUAUGCCAAGAAAUUAUCAAAGAAAGAGGUGCAAAAAGUGGACGAUUCAGGAUAUAAAAAAUGCAAUUAAUGAUCAUAAUAUAAAUAAAAAAUCUUGCAUAGUUUUAGAAAAAGAAUAUGGUAUCCCUGUAGCUACAUUGAGGCGUUAUUUGAAACGAAAAGUAGAAGUAAGUAGUUUUAAAUUUGUAUAGAUUUGUCACUUUUAACAGCGUUAAUAAUUUUCAUUCUGUGCCUGCAAAAUGUGCCAACAAAAAUACCUAGUGGGCAUUAUGAUAAAUUAAUUAGUAAUCAAAUUUGCUUAUUUGGUAGUUAUAUUUAUUUAUUUAAUUUAUAAUAUUUUGUACGAUUACAUUAGGUAUGUGAUAUAUUGUAUUUCUCUAUUAAUACCUACUUAAAUUUAUAUUUCACGUUCUAUUUUAAUAUUACAAUGUGUUUACCAAGUACAUUGUGUCACCUAUAAUUUGUAUUGUUUGCUAAACUUUUGAUAUAAUUUAUAUCUAUAUAGAGUUUUUUAUUUACUAAAUAGGAUUAUCCAGUUAAUGGUGGCAGAUUUAAAAAUAUAUUUUCCCAUGAACAACUAUUACAACUUAAAGUCUACCUUACUGAAAUUGACCGUCAAUCACAAGUUGGUCUCAAAAAAGUUGAAUACCAAAAAUUAAUAUAUGACUUUGCAGUUAAUAAUAAUAUUCCACACCGCUUCAGUAAUAUUACCAAAUUGGCUGGUAAAGAUUGGAUGAUGAAUUUUAUGAAGAAAUAUAAUUUUAGUUUAAAAAAACCAAAAGCUACAAUUAUACGUAAGAUUAUUGUUUUAGUUAAUAACAAAGUGUGUAUUAGUUUAUUUUGUUUCAUUAAUUAUGAUAUAUAAGUAUAUGUGUUAUCUUUAAAAUAUAAAAACUAUUACAAAACUAAAAAUAUCAAAAUAAUUAUAGGCAAAUCAGACCAUUAUUUAUUAUUAUAUUAAUUAAUUAUUAUACUUUCAUUUUGAAAUCAUAAGUAUAUGGUCGUUUCAUGCUCAAAAAUAAGGAUGACAAAAAAUAAUGAAAAUGUAAAAUUUUUGAGCUUAAAUUGUAAAAAUAUAUUUUUUUUAAAAGUCAAUACUUUGUGAUAUUAUUAGUGUUACAUUUAAAUUUAUCAAUGUAUAUCCUACUAUUUUUUUAUGCUUACAAUAGUGGUCUACCUAUUUUCUUUUAAUUGACAUAAUAGUGCGACAUAAAUGUUGAACUCUUAAACAAUAUUUUAAUUUACGGUACUUUUUUUUUUUUAGGACAAAUAUCAUCUCCUUGUGUUUUGACCGAAGAGGAUAAAAAGCAAAUGAGAAAAAACAUUAUACUACACAGGAGAAAAGUUCUCUCCUUUUUGGAGAAUGUUUACGAUACAGAUUUGAAGGAGAAAGUAGAAUUGGACCAGAGUGAGUUGUUAAAGGUGGAUAUGUUUUUCAAAAGUAAUGGACAAGAGCCCAUUCCGGAAAAUAUCAAGGUGAAGGAUGAAUUCCAAGUGAAAAAAGAAUUAGAUUAUAUUAAUAAUUAUGAAUCAUAACUAUUGUCUGUUGGAACAUUUUACAACUAACAUGGCCAUUAAAAAGGAAUCAAAAAGGGAUUUGGGAGAAGAUAAAUUUUAAAGAUAAGUAAGAACAAUUCUAAUAACAAACCACGGAGUUAAUCAUUUUGGGUACAAUUAUUUUUAUUAUUGAUGUAAAUUGUUUACUUAAUUUGAAAAUAGACAGUUAAAUUAUAUAUAUAUAUAUAUAUAUAUUGAUGCUGAUGAUAUCAAGUAAUCCAUUUAAGUGGAUACCCUCAUUAUCUCAGAAAGUAUUAAUGUUUUUCAGAAUUUGUUUUCUAGAACAUUAGAACAUUUAAGAAACAAGCUACUCUACAAUUGUAUAUUUAUGUUAUUUUUUGUUACCCUUAUUAUUGGGGUUACUUAUAUUAACUAGGUGUCUUUGACUUUAUUUCCAAAGAUGUAUUUAACACAGCAAAUUUACCAAUUUAUUUAAUAAUAAACAAAAGUCUUCCAAUUUAUUACAUAAACUAAACUACUCACUACUUAGUUUUCGGAAUCUUUAUCACAUCAUUGCAGAAACUCAAAACAAUACUUACUAUCAAAGGUAUGUAAUAAACCAAAUGAUCAAAAUAUGUGUGUGAUAAACUGCCGAGAAAACAGUCAAGAAUUAGUAUUAAAAAUAAUGUUGUUCACUCGAGUUAAUUGAUCAAAAACAUACCAUUAUAAUAAAUUGUAUUAUUUGCAAAACUAAUUUGAGUUUUUCUAUUAUUAAAAUUAAUACUAUAUUAUGUAAAAAUUAAAUAAUUCAUCCCCAUAAAUUGUAAGUAUAGUUUGGUUAGAUAGUAAGG